CAUAUCCUGUUAUCUAUAUAUGCGGAGCUGCUGCUACUACAACUACUUGACAACCAAACCAAGCAAUGGCAAUGGGGGUCAUGAGUUUGCUAUGCUCAUUCCUGGCCGUCCUGACUACUGCGAUUGCGAUCGUGACCGCUAGCGACGAGGCUGCGUUGCUGGCUUUCAAAGCGCAGGUCAGCGAUGGCGGCUCGCUGGCCUCCUGGAAUAGCAGCGCCAGCUUUUGCAGCUGGGAAGGUGUGACAUGCAGCCACCGACGGCCAGCGCGGGUGGUGGCGCUGAGAUUGAACAACAAGGCGCUCGCCGGAGAACUCUCCCCGGCCAUCGGGAACCUCACGUUCCUGCGGACGCUCAACCUGAGCUUCAACUGGUUCCACGGGGAGAUACCAGCGAUCCUUGGCCGCCUCCGCCGCCUGCAUAGGCUCGACUUGGGCGACAACUCCUUCUCCGGCACAUUACCAGUGAACCUGAGCUCAUGUGUCAGCAUGGCCAUAAUGGGACUGCUAAAUAACAAGCUUGGCGGGCGCAUCCCGGCUGAGCUCGGCGAGAAGCUCACGUCCCUGGUAAGGCUAUCACUGAGUAACAACAGCUUCACAGGGCUCAUCCCUCCAUCACUGGCCAAUCUGUCCCAUUUGGAAAUCCUUGAUCUCUCACGCAACCAGCUCGUGGGCUCAAUCCCACCAGGGCUCGGAAGCAUUCACGGCAUGCAACAGUUCAGUAUCGCCAGAACCUCAUCAACGGUACGAUUCCAACUUCUCUCUACAAUUGGUCAUCGCUAGAACUAUUUGAUGUAGGGACAAAUAUGUUGUACGGCAUUUUGGAUGAUUUCGGAAACAAGUUCCCCAGGUUGGAAUAUCUUGGCUUGUCUGGUAAUCACUUCACUGGAACAAUCCCGUCCUCAAUAUCCAACAUAUCGUCCCUCAUAUCAGUUGGCUUUGAUAGCAACAGAUUUAGUGGGUACUUUCCUCCCACAAUUGGGAAGCUGGGAGCACUUCAAUAUUUGAACUUGAAUAACAAUAAGCUUGAAGCGAAUGACAACAAGGGGUGGGAAUUCAUCACGUCUUUGGCAAACUGCAGCUAUUGGGACUCGGCAUCAAUUCUUUUGAAGGACAACUACCAGGUUCAAUUGUGAACCUGUCAACGGCUCUCCAAUACUUGUACUUAGGCGACAAUAGGAUCUCUGGGAGUAUUCCUGCAGAUAUAGGCAAUUUGGUUGGUCUACAAACACUUGUGAUAGCAAACACUUCCAUGUCCGGAGUGAUUCCAAAGAGCAUUGGUAAGCUAGAGAACUUGAUCGAUCUAGCUUUGUACAACAAUAGCUUGUCUGGGCUCAUACCGCCAUCGCUAGGAAACCUUUCACAAUUGAAUAAGCUUUAUGCACGUAAUAGCAACUUGGAGGGACCAAUUCCGCCAAGCCUGGGGAAGUUGAAAAACCUCUUUGUACUUGAUCUAAAAAUGAAUUACCGUCUCAAUGGUUCAAUACCCAAAGAAAUUUUCAGAUUACCCAGCCUUUCUUGGUAUUUGGACUUGUCAUACAAUUCCCUUUCCGGACCCCUUCCUAAUGAAGUUGGUAGCUUGGCAAACCUUAACCUACUAGUUCUAUCAGGAAACCAGUUGUCUGGCAAGAUACCCGACAGUAUACAGAACUGCAUGGUAUUGGAACAAUUAUUCUUAGACAACAAUUCCUUUGAGGGAAACAUACCUCAGUCACUGACAAAUAUAAAGGGGCUCAGUAUAUUAAACCUGACCAUGAAUAAGUUCUCUGGUAAUAUUCCUGAUGCCCUUGGCAAUAUUGGAAACCUGCAAGAGUUGUACGUAGCACACAACAACUUGUCAGGAUCAAUCCCAUUAGUUCUACAGAAUUUGUCAUCAUUGUCUGAAUUGGAUAUAUCCUGCAAUAAUUUGCAAGGCGAGGUGCCACAUGAAGGUGUUUUCAGAAACAUCACUCACUUAGCGGUUGUUGGGAAUGUCAAUUUGUGUGGUGGUACACCUAAACUUCAUUUGGCUCCGUGCCCCACAAGGGUCUUAAGCAAGAAGAGAAAAAAGAUGCCAAAGUCCCUUGUAAUUUCUGUAGCAGCAGUUGGAGCAAUCGUGUUCUCACUUUCAGUGAUUGUUCUUGUUUGGAGACUUUGUAAGAAGCUCAAAUCAAGCCAGAAGACAGUAGCAAAAGAUUCAAUUGUUGAUGGCCAUUACAGAAGAAUCCCCUAUCCUGCAUUACUGAAAGGAACUAACGAAUUUUCAGAAGCCAACUUGCUUGGGAGAGGAAGUUACGGUGCGGUUUAUAAGUGUGUUUUGGACAACGAAGAAAGAACAUUGGCUGUCAAGGUGUUUAACCUUGGUCAAUCUAGGUAUUCGAAGAGUUUUGAGGCUGAAUGUGAGGCUAUGAGAAGGAUACGACACCGUUGUCUCAUUAAGAUCAUUACUUCUUGUUCGAGCAUCAACCACCAAGGUCAAGAGUUCAAGGCAUUGGUUUUUGAAUUCAUGCCCAAUGGUAACUUGGAUAGCUGGCUUCAUCAACCAUCUCAAGAUCCCACUACAAACAACACGCUCAGCCUUACCCAGAGGUUUGAUAUUGCUAUCGAUAUUGUGGAUGCAGUAGAAUAUCUGCACAACUACUGCCAACCGUUGGUGAUCCAUUGUGAUCUUAAGCCAAGCAACAUUCUUCUUGCUGAAGACAUGAGCGCCCGAGUUGGAGACUUUGGCAUAUCAAGAAUCCUUCAAGAAAAUACAAGUGAGGGGAUGCAAAGUUCAUAUGGCUCAAUUGGAAUUAGAGGUUCCGUAGGCUAUGUUGCUCCAGAGUAUGGAGAAGGCUCUGCGGCCUCUACAGCUGGUGAUAUUUAUAGCCUUGGCAUAUUGCUGCUUGAGAUGUUUACGGGAAGAAGCCCAACAGAAGGCACGUUCGGAGAUUCAUUGGGUCUGCAUAAGUUUGUCGAGGAUGCUCUUCCAGAUAGGACCUUGGAGAUAGCUGACCCGACAAUGUGGUUGCACAGCGGACAACACAAUAACACUACAAGUAUUAGAAUUCAGGAGUUAUUGGUUUCAGUCUUGAGCCUUGGCAUAUCCUGCUCAAAGCAACAUCCUCGUGACCGAGCACUGACAAGUGAUGCAACAGCGAAGAUGCAUGCAAUCAGAGAUGCAUACCUCAAGUUCAUAGGGGAGCAUGGAGCAGAACCAGAAGCCUCGACUCAAGAAAUUCAGAGCAGCAUUGCAUAAACAAGCUGGCACAAGACAUGAUCCUGCACACUAGAAAAAUUAUGUGUCAUUUCAGUGAGUAAUUGUUCUCAGAGCUAUGUGUGUUGCUUUACAACUGUAUCAAAUAAAUACAAAACCAUCGUGUUGUGCAAUAAUAGCCCAACAGCAAGUUGUAGGUUGAUUCAUAAAGCAUGCAGUGUAAUUGUUUUCCCAUUGUCAAAACUGUACACAUGGAGGCAACAUUAUUGCUUGAUGCUUCAGUAGACCUGAAGUUGCAGAGAGUUUCAUUUUUUUCUUCUUACUUUUAUUAUUCCUCGCUUUUGUAAGCAAAACAAUCCGAUUUUAUUUGUUUAUAUCCAAAACAAAGUGCAUCGGAUCAGAUUAAUAACACUAGAAUAAUCACAAACAUAUUUUCCUUUGUGAACAAGCUUUCUUCCUUCAUUAAUUAAUAAGUAGUAAUAAGGUAGUACAACCUAGAGCGCUUGGUUUCUGUCUUCAGAAUUGGUGUAUCCUGUCUUUAGGUAGUACAAUCAGACUUUUUGUUAAAGAGUACAUUACCGUCCAUGUGCACAAACAAACUUGGGGUACAAACUAAUGCACAUUAGAUCUGUCUAAAAUCUGAUUCUCAAUAGGGGAAAAAGCUAUCUGUCAAUAAAAUAAACAGAAAUCAUAGGUUAGAAAGCAUAUCCUGUCUUGAGGUAGUAAAGUCAGGCUGCUUGUUAACAGAGUAUAUACUUUCCAUGUGCAGAAACAGAUACUAGAAUUUAGAGCACAAGCAGCCUACCCAAAAUCUGAUUCUCAGAAAAAUAAAUCUAUUUGUCCAAAAGAUAAUCAGAAUCACGGACUAGAAAGCAUCAGUACCAUUCAUUCAGAGAACAGCUUGCAGAAGCAGCAGCAGGGUAAUCCUUAUAACCAGAGACUAACCAUCCGCCUUCUAUUAAUUCCCUUAGUAAAAAGAAA